AUGCCAUUACUUUGUAUGUCGGAGAAGAUAAUACAGCACGUGCUGGCAGAAAAUCACAUCGUUGGCACUAACGACAAUGAACGACGAGUAGGAGAAACAGAAGAAGUAAUGGUAGAUGAAAUUCGUCAAUAUCAAGAUUUCAGGUUUGUCAGCUUAAUGGAAGCGACAUGGCGCAUUUUAGAAUAUAAAAUGCACGACCGAUCUCAUUCGGUGUUAGUAUUGCCUGUGUACCUACAAGGAGAACGUACCCUGCUAUAUGAAGAAUUUGAUGAUUUUGAUAACAUCCAAAGACGUCUGGACAGUCGAUCGAAAUUAGAAGCUUUCUUCAAGCUGAAUAGAGAAGAUCAAGAGGCAAGACGGAAUUUGUAUGCGGAAAUACCAGAACAUUACACUUGGGAUAAUAAAUACGCAGAAUGA